GCGAGUUGACCGAGAGGGUCAAUAGAGAGACUUCAUCCACAAAUGGGCCAUUGUAACAACUGAAGCCCUUCUACUUCAAGCCAUCCGCACCUUUCAACCGCAUCUGGUGCCAGCAACAGCAUCCUCAUCCUCAAGGUUACCAUCUUCCAUCUCUGAGCGGUUUUCCAUCUAAGGUCGGAGAAAAUGGCAGCGAUUCCAUCCAGUGGCUCCCUCAUCGCCACCCAUGAUUACUACAGAAGGCGCCUCGGGUCCGCCUCCAGCAACAGCUCCUGUGGCAGUGCGGAACACAUUGGAGAGGUCAUUCCACACCACCCAGGACUUCCAAGGCAAGACUCUGGGCACUGGUGGACUUCAUUUUUCUUUGCAAAACAGGUCCAGCCCGGCAUGCAGAACGUAUCUGAAAAUCAAAAAAAUGGAACCUACACAGUGGCCAACGGUCAGGUGACCUGCAUCGCCAGGGAAAUGGUUCUGAACAGACAACUCAGCGAAAGCAGUGAAAAUGGAAAAUUCGAACCAACUUCCAGCUAGACCCCACCCCUCGCACCUCCUUCACCCCCAGCUUGCCAUCCAUCACAUAGAGAUGGAGAUGAUGGCGGUGAUGAUGAUGGUGCUUGUUGCCGUUAGUCAGUGCAGUUUGCUUUUCAUAUUUGCUUGUGUAUAGUAUCUUUUUAUUAUGACCAGAAGUUCAAAAAAACUCAAGUUUGUAAAAAGUUUUUUCCAUUUUGUUCUUCUUGUGACUUGACGCUGUUAAUAAUGCCAAUAAAUAAAAUGCUUGCAGACUG